AUGGAUCAUAUUACUAAAUUUGUUACUUCUAGCUCUCAGCUUAUAGAUCUAAUCGAAAACGAAAGUGAGAAGGCUAAUGUAUAUGUAGAAUUUGUCUCGCUAUUUACAAGUUUACAGUAUGACAGCAAGACUGGGUUCACUUUGAAAUUUGAUAGUUUCUCUAACAGUACAUUAAAUUCUUCACCUUUUGUAGUCAAUUUUCAAGAGCCCUUUAGUUCAGAUACAAGAACAAAAGUUUUAAGACUCUGUGAUAAAUUUGAUAUCGAUUUGCCAAUCGAUUUUAAUUCAGAAUCUCCUUCUUUUAGUAUUGAAAAUAUAUACUUGGAAAAGUUAUGUUUUGUUAAUUGUAUAGGGAGAUAUGCCUAUAAUGGUAUACAUCCUGUUGUUUUUGCAGAAAAGAUAAGGCCAAUAAGUUUACCUUCUGUCAUGAAGUUACUAACAAAUAAAACUGUAAAUGAGACUGCAUUCUCUUUAUCUUCAAUUUUUGAUAAUUUAAUAAAUUUAAAUUCAAAUUCAAAUAGAUCAUUUAAAUUUGUUGAACUGGAAAAUUAUGAACCUAAAUUUGGGGAAUUUAUUCAAGGACGACAGCAAAACUUAGCUGUGCAAUUAAAAUUAAAGAAUCCUUUAUUUAGUGCUUCAAGGGGAUAUCAAGAUUCCUGUAAGGAUUUUGAUUCUAUGAGAGAAUUUGAAUCUCAAUGCAAUGACUCUUCGGUUAAAGAAGAACCCACGACAUCUUUAUUCAAUAAUGAAAGUGGUUAUAAAAGUCGUGAAGCAAGUGAUGAAGAGUUUGAUCCAAACCCACCAAAGCGUCAAAAAUCGGUAGUGAAUGAGACUAGCGAUGAUGUUAAAAAAUGGGAUGGUUCUAAUGAUAUAAUGAAUAGUUCAAGGAUAGGAGAAAGAUACACUGUUGAAGGAAAAUUCUUAAACAUAUUCCCAAUCAGAUUUGACUCUUUAGACAACCUGAAAUAUUGGUCAUUAAGACUUUAUUUUCAACCAACAGAAUGGUAUGAUAGAAAUGCAGAUAUAAUAAUACCAAACAAAAAUUGCAUAGAAAUAAUGGUUUUCAACUUAGAUGAAUUUAAAAAUCUAUUUGGCACACUAGUCAAUAAUAGUGAAAGUUUGAGCCUUUUACUCUUCAGUUAUGAAGUCUCUCUAGAGAUUAAAAGAUCAAAAUGGUCUUUUGACAAAACAAUCUUCACAUCUGUGUGGACACUAAGCAAUAUGAAGAUAUUAAGAAAAUUGGAAAUUGACAAUGAAACAAAUCAAAGAUUAACACCAACUACUGAGGACAUAAAAAAUAAUAAUAAUGGCAAAUAUAAAUCUAAAAUUAAAGAUGAUAUGGCCUGGAAUGAUAAAGAUGAACUCAUUAAGUUUGAAGAUUUAAGAGUUCCAAUUAAUGAAAAAAUCUUCUUUAAAACGGUAGGAAUGUUGAUAUCUUGUUCUUUUACUCACCCAUCCUUUGUCUCCCUGGUUUUCACAGAUUUUACUUAUAACAGCAUUCCUCAAAAGUAUUUAUUUGAUAGAUUUUUAAUAGACUAUGAUAAUAAACUUGAACUUGAUGAAGGAUAUAGAGUGAUUAUGUAUCAUAAUCAAUUCGAAGAAUUUGAUGAGGAAGUAAAGAAAGUAUAUGGUUAUUCUACUAGAGAAAUGAUAAAACAUGGUACUGAAAACAUAUCAGGGAUUGGUAUAAUUUGUAAACUUUCCAUUAAAGGUUCAUUAUACAAUGACAAAUUGCAUUUAAUAGCAAGAAAGGCCAAGAUUCUUACUAACUCUACAGUUAGGACAGCUGAAGAAGAUAUUUUAAUCAAUUCAUUAUUCAAAAAAUCAUUUCAUCGUAUUUCAAACAGUGCUAUAAUGUUUCAAUUCGAUAAAUUUUCACAUUGUUUUUCCAUCACUAAAUCUAAUGGUCAAAUAGCAUUAGUGACAGGUAGUGAACUUGGUCAUGACAAUAAUAACGAUAAUCAUUCUAAUAAUAAUAAUAAUAAUAUUUUAAUAUAUCCAUCGAUUGAUGUUUUACAAUCAGCCACUGACAGCGAGAACAAAAACGAUUAUAUUCUAAGAAUAAAAGUGUUGAGUGUUGAGAAUGAUAAAGAACUUAUAAGAUUGAUCGUAACUGACGACCUUGAUGAACAGGAAUUUAUUAAUCCUAAUAAUAUACUAAACAUAGACAUUCUAAAUCAAACAUUGGAUACUAUAAAUGAAUCCUUAAAUUUUAUGGAAUCAAUUAAUAACAUUCGUCUCCGAAAACUCAUCGACAAGACAAUAGAGCUUCAAAUAACAAAGUUAAAAAUUAAAGAUUCAAAAUUAUUGUUAUGGACGCCAGCUAACCACUCCCUUAAAAAAAUUCUAUCUCAAAGCUCUUAA